UUCUUCCCUCCCACCCUUCCCCAGCUGUGCCUCCGACGCCCACUCGGGUGCGCGUAGCUCUGGGCGAGUCCUCCGUGGCGCGGCCAAGUGGGGAGUGGAGAGCCGGGAGACAGCCCUGCCCCGAGGGACACGCACGUCGAGAAGAAGGGAACUCCCAGGCCGGCGUGGCCGAGAGAGAGAGGAGGAGGGGUCGUGAAGGUCUGCGUACUUCUUGUCCGGGAGGCAGGAGACACUUGACCGUCGGAAAGCGCUGCCCCGAACAACAGGGAUGGAUCUCUGGACCUUUUUGCCUCUCUGUGGGAUCAUGAUAGUAUCUGCUGUUGCGGAGCCACCAGUACCCAAGGACGUCCCUAACGAUCCCUUCCAUUAUGACUAUGAGUCGCUGAGAAUUGGAGGUCUGGUAUUCGCAGUUGUGCUGUUCCUGCUCGGAAUCCUCAUUAUACUUAGUCGACGUUGCCGUUGUAAGUUCAACCAGCAACAAAGGACGGGUGAACCCGAUGAGGAAGAAGGAACCCUGCGCAACUCAAUCCGACGUUUAUCCACCAGGAUGAGAUAGAAGA